CAGAGGCAAUCUCCAUCAGAGAGACAAACCUCCAUUACAAGAAACUAAAAACAUUAAAUCUCUUAUUAGUACUUGCAUUAUAAGGAACUAAUUAGUCAUCUUUGAGCAGUAUUAUCAUUUUUUACAUCUUUUUGAACAAAGCUUGAAUUUUCAUUUGACAAACAACCAGAGGAAAAAUGAGGGGAAAUCGCCCUGUGGAGUUCCCAGAUGACUUCUGGAUCCCGAUCCCUCUGGACACCAACAACAUCACGUCCCUCAGCCCAUACCUGGUUCCCCAGGAUCACCUAGGAAGCCCAGGAAUCUUUUAUUCCCUGUCAGCUUUUAUGUUUUUCCUGUUUGUGGCUGGCACGGCCAUCAACACGCUUACCAUUGUGUGCACCAUCCAAUACAAGAAGCUCCGGUCUCAUCUGAACUACAUCCUGGUGAACCUGUCGGUGGCAAACCUCCUCGUCUCCUCCGUGGGCUCUUUCACCUGCUUCUACUGCUUUGCCUUCAGAUACAUGAUUCUUGGUCCAGUUGGGUGCAAGAUUGAAGGAUUUACAGCGACUGUUGGUGGUAUGGUCAGCCUGUGGUCUCUGGCUGUGAUAGCCUUUGAAAGAUGGAUGGUUAUCUGCAAGCCACUAGGAAACUUCUCCUUCAAACCCAACCAUGCCAUAGCUUGCUGUGCUCUAACGUGGGUCUUUGCUUUGAUCGCUGCGAUUCCUCCUCUGGUUGGAUGGAGUAGGUACAUCCCUGAGGGUAUGCAGUGCUCCUGUGGACCAGACUGGUACACAACUGAUAACAAGUUCAACAACGAGUCCUAUGUGAUGUUCCUCUUCUGCUUCUGCUUCUCUGUCCCCUUCUUCACCAUCGUUUUCUGCUACUCACAGCUGCUCUUCAUGCUGAAAUCGGUAGCAAAGGCUCAAGCUGAGUCUGUCUCCACCCAGAAGGCGGAGAAGGAGGUGACCAGGAUGGUGGUUGUCAUGGUGAUGGGCUUCCUGGUCUGCUGGAUGCCCUACGCUUCCUUUGCUCUCUGGAUUAUAAACAACCGAGGGCAACCGUUUGACCUGAGACUGGCCACCAUACCCUCCUGUCUCUCUAAAGCCUCCACAGUCUACAACCCUGUUAUUUACAUCCUCCUCAAUAAACAGUUCCGCUCAUGCAUAAGGAAGAUGGUGGGGAUGAGUGGAGGCGAUGACGAGGAGUCAUCGACAAGUCAAUCGGUUACGGAAGUCUCUAAAGUCGCACCUGCUUAGAUUAUAUAUUAUAUAUUUACAUUAGAGUGUAAAUAGCACUGAAAGUACAAUUACUAUAUGACAAAUGGAAUUAUGUUAUUCCUUGAGAUAAAGAGUUGUUUGCAAAGAAAAAAUAUAUGUAAAAUAAAAGCAUUGAUGAAGUGA